AAAUAAAAGGAAAUCAGAAAGAAAAGAUCUCUAUUCGGGGGAAUUCGAAAGCUCAAAUGCAAAGCCAUCAUCAUCAGAAUCGAAGCACAACGAGAACAAGGCUCAGCUUCUUUCUACGGUCUAGAUUCAUCCCUUCCUUCUCUUCUCCACUCUCCUUCUUCUUCGUCUUCGCUGCCGUCCCUCUCCCGAUCUACUUUUCCGGUUUACUCUCCAGAAUCAACAAACCGGUUUCACUUAUGAGACUCAACUCCAACUUAGCUUCUUCAAUGGUGGAAUCGAAUAUAUCUUGUACUACUUUCAAUAUACUGGCUCCGAUUUAUAAACGCGUUGAUCAGCAGAAUCAGAGCAUUAGAGAGAGCGAUUUUCACGAGCUUUGGUUAGCUCGUAACCAGAGGAUUUUAGAUUUGUUACUCCAUAAACGCUCUUCUGUUAUCUGUCUCCAGGAAGUUUGGGUUGGGAAUGAGGAAUUAGUCAACAUGUAUCACGACCAGCUUGCCACUUCAGGCUACACUCUUUUUCAGUUGGCUAGAACCAAUGGUCGUGGUGAUGGUCUUUUAACUGCCAUCCAUAAGGACCAUUUUAAAGUUGUAAAUUACCGAGAGCUGCUCUUUAACGAUUUCGGAGACCGCGUUGCUCAGCUCUUACAUGUCAAAUCAGUUGUUCCCUUUCCGCUUAAUGGGAAGCAAGACAUUCAACAAGAAGUCAUUAUAGUGAACACUCACCUGUUGUUUCCUCAUGAUUCUAGCUUGUCUGUUGUUAGAUUGCAUCAGGUUUACAAAAUUCUUGAAUAUUUGGAAGCUUUCCAAAAGGAAUAUAAACUUAAUCACAUGCCCAUUAUUCUCUGCGGUGACUGGAAUGGAAGCAAACGCGGGCAUGUCUACAAAUUCUUGAGAUCUCAAGGGUUCAUAUCAUCAUACGAUGAUGCUCACCAGUAUACAGACAGUGAUGCUCAUAGGUGGGUUAGCCACAGAAACCACAGGGGAAAUAUAUGCGGAGUUGAUUUCAUAUGGCUCUGUAACCCUAGUGAUUCAAGAAAACCAUUGAGAACAAGUUGGGUGGAAGCUGUUUUCAGCAUUAUCAAGUAUCAACUUCACAAAGCUUCCAUAGCCGAGGGCGAUGCCUUUGCUUUUCUUGGGGCAAAUAAUCAUAGUGAUUCACUAACCUACUCUGACUUUUGCCAAGCACUUCAAAAGAUAAAUCUAACGGGCAUUCCACAUGGACUUAGCUUCGAAGAGACAAAAGAGCUAUGGGUUAGAGCUGAUCUUGAUGGAAAUGGUGUCUUCGACUCUGAAGAACUUAAGAAAAUUUGGAACACGACGAUGGUGAACAAACCUGGAAACUGCAAAGAGAGUAUGAUGGAGAGUAAGAACGAAGAAGGAGAAGAAGGUGAAGAAGAAGAAGAAGAAGAAGAAGAAGAAGAAGAAGAAGAAGAAGAAGCAAUCGGAUUGAGAGUAAAGAAAGCGGUUUUGUUUCCGCAAGAAGCAGAGAAAGGACUGUGGCCGGAGAAUUACAAUAUCUCGGAUCAUGCUUGUCUGACCGUACAAUUCUCUCCUGUCAAAAUGCUAUGUAGCUAAGUUUUGUUUAUUACCGGCUCUUUGUGAAAAAAAUGUAAAGAAGCAAUGAGAUUGAGAAUUACAGUGAGAGAACCUAAACCUUUUGUAUAGUUUAUUUUUUUUGUAAUUGCAUUACUGUGUCCGAUAAAAAUUUAAGGUCUAGUUGUUUUUUUGUUAA